CCGGCAGAGCUCGACUCGCCAAAGGACAAGCUAUGGCGUAAGCUCAAGAAGGAGCCACUUGUUCCCAUCGGCUGUCUACUCACCUGCGGAGCUCUCAUCGUCGCUUCAAACCACCUGCGCAAGGGCAAUCGCGACGCCUUCAACCGCUCUCUGCGUUGGCGUAUCUACUUCCAAGGUCUCACAGUCGUAGCAGCUGCGGGAGGCGCCUGGUACUACGGC